AUGGCAACUACAGACCCCGCACAGUCGACGCUGUACCCUAAGAUCACGACACACAUUCCUGAGAUCAUCGAGCAGCUGCGGCGCUUGAACCGCGACCCUGCCCAUCCAGAAGCAAACAUUAUUGUGGACCCUAUACCUUUCAUUGGCACAGUCAAACUUCAUGGCACGCACGCAGAUAUCCUCGUAUAUCCUGAUAACCGCAUCGUGUUCCAGUCGCGCAACAUAGUUGGUUUAUCCGUCGCGAAAGACAACCAAGGAUUUGCAGCAGAUAUGUCAGAGAAGACCGCGGCCGUACUUGGACUGCGAGAUGUGUAUCUGAAAAGGUGGAAAGAGUUAUACCCUAGCAAAACAGUGGGAGAAGACUUGCCCGUCGUGAUAGCCGGCGAAUGGAUAGGCGAUAAGAUACAAAAAGACGUGGCAAUUGCACAACUAUCACGUCGCUUCGUCAUCGUCUCGGUCAACAUCAACGGUACAUGGCAGAAAGACGAAGAGUACUCUGACAUCUCUCUAUCGGAUCAUGACAUCUACAGCGCAUCGAGAGCCGGCGUCUUCCACACAACACUCUACCCUGACGACUACGAACGCACAGUAUCAGAAGUCGAACGCAUGACCGAGGAUGUUGCCGCUCAGUGCCCUUUCGCAUCAUCCUUCGGGAUAUCCGGUCUGGGCGAAGGCAUCGUUUGGAAGCCCGUACCUACCCAGUACAACGGCGACACUUCUCUAUGGUUCAAGAGCAAAGGAGGAAAGUUCAAGCCUACUUUCUUCCGCGUUCCGAAACAACAUGAAGGCGCCGAUAUCAUGAGAGAGCGAAGAAAAGCAGCCGCAACGGUAGCAGCUGCGUGGUGUUCACAGCAGCGGUUAGAGCAAGGCUGGGAUGUGCUGCGCGAGAAGGAUGUUGAGCGCGAUGUGGGGGCUUUGGGCGACUUUCUGAAAUGGAUACAAUAUGAUAUUCUGGAGGAAGAGAAGGGAUAUAUCAAAGAGCAUGGUGUGGAUGAGGCGGCGUUGAAGAUUGAGAUUGCUAAGAUUGCUAAGCCGUGGUAUAGGGCAAAGCUGAGGGAGCGAGAUACUUCGUGA